AUGGCAGAAUCCGGAGACAUAGUGUACGUGGUGUGCCAGGGAGCUGGCGACCUUACGGUGUCAUUGUGUGGAUGGGUCGUUGAGACGUCAGAUUCGGACGUCGUGAUUGGAACCAGCACGGAGGCUGGGGCCAAAGUCCAGAACUCGCUUUUGGGCAAGGGCGGCAAAUCUGGUAACAUCGACUUGCGCUUUAUCAAGGUUCCGUUGGAUAGCAUUGCUUUGGGUCCCCCAAGUGGUUGGUCGGGUCUUCGUCCGAAGGACUUGCCUAGUCUGCAGACAUGUUCGGAUUCUUGGAAGAAGUUGGAGCAGAAGCAGCUGGAGAGCAGCGGAGCCGAGCCAAUCGUAGGGAGAGCAUCUGCAUCUGCCCCGUCAAAGCCUCGUCCGACUGUAAGCCGAGACCUGGAAAAGGAGCUGAAGGGUUUGGGCAGUCUGUUUGGAGAGUCCGAGAGCGACGACGAGGACGAGGACGAGGACGUGCCUCGGGUUGUUCCAGGGGCAUCUUUGAGUUCCAGACGGAUGUUGGCCCCAGGUGGUUCGGAGAAGCUCCUCAAGAAGAAGGACAAGGAUCGCUCUCUGAAGGUCAGCGAUUUGAUCGGUGCAGGGCUGGCUCAGGGCCAGUCCGCUUCGGAGCUCCUCCCCUUGGCGAUGCUGACCAUGAUCAUGAAGCAGGAGGGCAACCACCGCAAGAAGGACCGCCGCGCCGAACCCCUUGGUGGUUUGAGCUCAGACAGCGAAAGCGACGCCGACGACUUGCAGAAGUCCGGGAUGAAGGCCGUGGUGUCUCUGAACAAGAUGCAUCAGCGGGUGCGGUCCCGACCGGCCAGGAUCGUUGCCGACUUCGAGCGGGAGAUCGUAGAGGAGCUCGGCGUAGUGGCAGGCCAGAAUUGGACGGUGCGGGACUGGCUUCGCCGCCAGAACUGGGGCAAGUUCAAAGGAGUGUACCGCGCAGCUGUGAUGGAUGCAGCCGCUUACGAACUGCUGAGGAACGGCGAGGCGGAGGCAGCAGGAGCCCAAUUGGCUCAAAACAUGAAAUCAAAGCUGCAGGCUGUCCUACAGAACGGCGAGUGGUCCGCAGCAUGGCUUUUAACAGGGCUGCCGGAUCCAUUGAUCCGAAAAGAAUUCGCCGGGACCAAGACCGAAAUGGCGAUCGUCUCCGGCUACCUCGACUCCUUGAACAAGCUCAAGAAGAAGGUCCGCGACUCCCAGAACGGUGUGGCCGACGACGAGGACGAGGAUGGAGGUACCUUGCUGGAGCUGUCCGGCACCGAUCCUGGGAAGCUGAGCGCCGAUGUGUGGGCCAAGUCUUUCGUGAACACCGUGGUGGCGUGGUCCAAUUUUGUGGUGCUUGGUUGUCCCGGGGAUGAUGCAGGGGUGCUUGAGCCGCGGGUAGCCUACCGAAGCGUAGAGGGCAUUCGUCCUUUUGCUGAUAAGCUGCUUGGCGAGGUGGUGGAUUUUAUUACCCCCGAACUUAUGGACGGUUCGUUUGUCAGUUCUGGAAAGCGGGGAGAAUUGGAGGCCUUAGUGGCCUCUUGUACAGGUGCAUCAUAUGGACACUUUGUCAAGGUUGAUUCGAGUACUUUGUCUUCAGCAUUGGCGGUGGAGGCGGAGCGUGUGGCCAUCCCGGAGGUGGCUGGGGGUGUGAACCCUUGUGCUUGCUUGGGCCCUGAGCGCACGCAUGUGGUGGAGCACUUAGAAGAUCUGCGGCUGCCGGAGGUCGCGUGGAAGGAAGCAGGACCUGCUUGCCAUCGGGUUGCAAAGGCCGAGGAGGCACCUUUACUCCGCAAACUUUGGAGAGCCAAAAUGAUCACCUUCCUUCCUGAAGCGGUCCUUCCUCGCACUCAGGCUGGGGAUCUCCGAUUGGGGGGUCUCUUCGCUGUCAAGAAGAGUGAGCUUCAGGACCGGCUUAUCUUCGACAGGCGUCCUGAAAAUGCGACCAUGUUAAAGCUGGACUGGGCGAGACUGCCGAGUGGAGCAUGCUUCUGUAGGAUUAUUUUGGAUGAUGAUGAGUAUCUUCGGGGUUCAGGCGAUGAUCUCUCCAACUAUUACUACACCCUAGCCCUUCCCUCCAACUGGCACAGGUUCAAUGCUUUUGGCAGACGCGUUCCCAAGGAUGUGCUUGCUGAGGCGGGCCUGGACACUGCUGUACCUCAUCGUGCUUGCCUUUGUGUUCUUGGCAUGGGGGAUGUGAAUGGCUGUGCAAUCGCCCAGGCAGUUCAUGAAUCCGUGCUACAGAAGAAGGGGUUGCUCGGGGCUGACAAUAUCCUAGUGUAUGGCGAGCCUUUCCCAACUAGCCAGGUCAUGGAAGGCAUCUACCUAGACGACCUCCUCAUCGCCUACAGGAACAAGCUAAGCUAUGACAUUCCCCUUGAUGGUUCCUUUGUUGCCCCCAUACCCUCCGGCCAGGACCCCGACGUCGUCAAGGUCAAGGCUGCGGAGACUGCGUAUCUGGAGGCAGGGUUGCAGAGGGCUGAGCAUAAGGAGUUCAGAUACCAGACUCAGUUCAAGGCUUGGGGGGCCGAGCUGGACGGUGUCCGAGGAAAGGCUGGGGCACCGCUUGAAGUGCGUCGGCAAAUCCGGAGCAUCCUGCGCAAAAUCCUUGAGCUAGGCUUCUGCACCAAAGAGAUUCUUCAGAAGGUGAUGGGCUCAGUCUGCUUUGUGUUUCAAUAUAGACGAGAGUUCUAUAGCUUGCAACAUCACGUGUACAAGUUCAUCCAGGGUAUGAAAGAAGGCAGAUGGACCUACUUGCCGGGCCACAUCAAUGACGAAUUGCGGUCCAUUGCCUUACAUGUUCCGUUUGCAUUUUGGAGUAUGCGCCGUAGUGUCUUGCCGGAUGUGAUCGCCACUGACGCAACACCCACAACGGGAGGUGCUACUGUGGCUUCAGUGCCAGCCGAAAUUGGAAAGGAGCUGUGGCGAAGAUCAGAAGUUCGGGGCUCAGCAGUUCGUCUCGACCGGGGAGGGGACUUCGAAUGGGAUGCGGCGACACCUUCAGAGCCGAGUCGUUUUGCAAGUGCCCUCAGUGAAUGCCUCCGGUGGGAAGUGUGUGCAUCCUAUACUUUCAGACAGACUUCGCGUAUCAAUCUUCAAGAACUUCGAGCUUUCAAGCGUGAGUUGUGCAAGGUGGCAUCCCGGUUCUCCGCGCGAGGCCGGAUCCAGCUCUUUGUCAAUGAUUCCAGAGUGGUAGUUGGGGCUGUGGCGAAGGGUCGAUCGUCAUCUUUCAAAAUAAAUGGGUUGCUGAGGACUUUGGUGCCCUUUCUUCUGUUCGGUGACGUCACUGUGGCUUUGCUGUGGGUAGAGACCUCGUCCAACCCCGCUGACUACCCAUCCCGCUCAGCUCCUCUGCCACUUCCAAGGCCUCCGACCAAGUGGAUGCGAGAGCUUGGGUUACAAGCUGGUGGAGGUUGGGGACUUGAGAUUUUUGCUGGGAGCUGUCGUCUGACACGAGCUCAUAAAGAACUUGGUUGUCCCAUGCAUGAACCUAUUGAGCGAGAACUUGGUAGUGACGCUUUUUCCCCGGAGAUUGAGAAGCUCAUUUGCGGGGGAAUCUGGACCGUGGGGGUCCUCUACGUCCUCGUGGAGAUCCAGCAGGAGAUUCAAGGCGGUGAGGGUGGUUUGGUGGUCUUGAGAAGGCGUCGUGUCCGUGAGGCUGCGGUGGACCUGGUGAAUCGGGCGGGCCGUGUUGGUGGUCGUCUGGGCUUCAGCUUUGCUAGUGUUCCAAAUCUGGAGAAGGGCAAGGUUCCGUGUGGCAGUAGCGUGCAGUACCGCACCGACCAGCGACUCUACUUGGUCCUGGCGAACCCAGAGUCACCGGAGAAAAUUGGCUUGUUCACAGGCCAAUGGAAGACUCUCGAGGCAAGCCUGCGGGGACAUCUGGAAGGCUCACUUCCCAGAUCGUCCGCUGCCGACCCUGGAGCUGUGAGUGGCCCUUCGCGGGCCGUGGGUGUCCUGAUGGAGGCUAUGAAUCAGGCCACCACCGCUCUGGGGGAUGAGGAUAUCUCCCAGGGCCUUAGUGCGGCACAGGUCUUGGCUGACUCGAACGCCAGACAGAUGGCGUCGCGCUGGCGCUCAGGAAGUGAAAGUCGGAGCACUUGGGUAAAUUGGAAGAAUCUGGGCUCGCUGCUUCUGCUCGUGCUGUUCCCUCGACUGUUGGCAUUCCUCAUCGUCAUGAGCGUGAGAGUGCUGGCAAGAAUCGCUUUGAUGCUCUCUA